AUGGCCAAGCGCGGCCGCAUCCUCGACUCGCCCGCCGCCCCCACCUCGUUCGCUCCUCGCGACCCAGCUCCCACCCCUCCCCCUCCUCCCGCCGCCACGGCACCCAAGCACAACAAGCCCGACUCGGACACCACUCACUCGAGGCCCGUCGCCAUCGCUCCCGCUCCUCCCUCGUCCUCGUUCAACCACCCGCCGGCCGCCUCGACCGAGACCGACGACACCCAGUCGCACAAGAAGAAGAAGCACAAGAAGGCCCACAAGCCUCACCUCUCGUCGCUCGUCC